AUGGUGAUCGGGCUUUCAAUCCCGAGACUCUUCAUGAAGAAUCAGCCCCGCACGCGAGCUAGUACAAUCGGUCUGGGAAUGGCCGCCAAAUCCCUAGUGAUCAUACUCUACCAACUGUUAACCGAGCACUUCGCCGCCCUCCGCAGAUGGGGAAGUUUAAAAGCAUACAUGAUCCUCAAUGCCCUGGAGAUCGUCUUCUGGGCCGCAGUCGCGGUCUUGACUAUUCAGCUAAUUGUUCUGGCGAUCUAUGCGACUGUUAUAUCCUAUGGUGAUUGGAAGCAGUCGAAGGGUGGGGCAAGGCCGGAUGGGUAUAAGAGGGCCCAUGAGUUGAGGAGUGUUAGUCCUGCUCCUAGUGUGUGA